GAAGCGGAGGAGACGAGCCGGGGUGUAUGUCUCUCUCCAUGGCAUGUCUGACUGUCUGCCUGUCUGACUGUCUGAGUGUCUGUCUGUCUGUGUGAGUGUCUGAGUGUGACCUUGACCCGCCAUGGCACACAAGAUAAGGUCACUCAUCUCAAAUAAGCUGGUGCAGGCGCUGGAGUCACUAACGAGGUGUGGCAAGGAAAUCAAGGCUACCUGUGUUCUUCCCUAUAUACAGGUUGACCCCCAGACCAACCAACAGCUAGAAUUCCGAGUGUCACUACGAGAUUUGUACCAGCGUAACAUCAUAUCCUCUGAUGGCCACAAGGGUCUCGGCAAGGUGGGUGCGUCAUUGGUGGAGCGAUUUGAGACAGACCCAUCCAUCUCGGCUGUGUACAUCCGCCAGACAAGGGCAGACAUCCGGCUCAACUUUAAGGUGAAUUCAAGGCAGUUGGUGUCUGAGGUGGUCGGGUUGGUGACGGAGCAACCUGGUGAUUUUUGGCGGAAGAGUGGACUGGUGAGCCUUCUUCCACCGCAGAGGGUCGUGGUGGAGUUCAGCUCUCCGAACAUCGCCAAGCCAUUCCACGUUGGCCACCUUCGUUCCACCAUCAUUGGGAACUUCGUGGCCAACAUAAAUGAGGCAGUCGGUCACCAAGUCACUCGAAUCAACUUUCUUGGUGACUGGGGGACGCAAUUUGGUCUCCUCAAGUACGGAUACGACCAGCAGCAACUCACCCUGUCAGACUUGGAGGGAGACGCAAUCGCAACACUCCACCGGGCUUAUGUGUGGGCAAACCAGCGUGCCUCCGAGGACCCUAAAGUCAUCCAGAUCGCACGGGAGACCUUCGCCCGGAUGGAGGAGGGGGACAGGGGGGAGUUGGCCGCCUGGGAGACCUUCCGACAAGUUUCCAUCCGUGAUUUGAAACGCGUAUACGGACGUUUGAAUGUCAAGUUUGAUGAGUACCACGGGGAAAGCAUGUAUUCGAGAGGAGCUUGUAGACGCAUAUUGACGGACAUGGAGGGUUCCGGGCUCAUCCGUGUCGUGGAUGGGCGGAAGGUCUACCAGGUCAGCCCAGGUCAUGAGGUCACGCUGGAGAAGAGCGACGGAUCAAGUUUGUAUAUUACUCGAGAUAUUGUCGCUGCGGAAGAUCGAUUUUCACGCUACGACUUCACGAGGAUGUAUUAUGUGGUAGAAAACGGGCAAUCGGACCACUUCACGGCCCUGUUUUCUAUUCUGGCGGCCCUGGGACACCCCUGGGCCGGUUCGCUGUCCCAUGUGAAGUUUGGCAGGGUGAAAGGAAUGAGCAGCAGGAAGGGGACAACUGUGGCACUCGAGGACCUGCUGGAUGGUGCCAGAGAGGUCAUGGAACACAAGCAGCAGGUGGCCAAGACGACCAAGAGGGGAGCCAGCGUCAGCAGGGAGUCAGCAGAUGAACUGGCAGUGUCGUCUGUCAUUGUGGGAGAUUUGAAGCAGAGAAGACAAAGAGAUUAUGAAUUUUCCUGGGACAAGGCACUGCAGGCAACAGGUGACACAGGGGUGAAGCUGCAGUACCUCCACUGUCGCCUGGUGAGCCUGGAGCAGCACUGUGGGGUGCGGCACCAGCGGGUCACCACAGCGCCACUGGUCGAACCGCAGGCAUUGGCACUUGUCAGGGAAAUUGCCAGGUUUGACGAAGUAUUGGUGGAGACUUACCAUGAAUUAGAGGCCUGUGUGUUGCUGGCGUACCUGUUCAAACUGUGCAGUGUUACCAAUGGCGCCUUUAAGGAACUGCAAAUCAAGGGUGCCAAUAAGGAGGUGGCACAGGCAAGGCUGGCACUGUUCCUGGCCGCUCGACACACCCUGGCUGCUGGUAUGGCCAUCCUGGGGCUCCGGCCAAUGCAGCGGAUGUGAGGGGUGCCUGGAUGGUUGGUGGAUGGUUCAAUGAACGCGCGGUGCCUAUCAAGAUGGCGGCGAUGAAUAAGACAAAAGACAGUCGGCCUCGCACCUCCCGACUCCCUCCCUUAUUGCUCUUAAUGGGAUCGGAACCCUUUCCUGCCGCAGCGAAGAGGUUCCAACCCCACUCCGGCACCUCCUUUUGUUUAUAUAAGGGAUCGAUUCACGUUUUCUGUUAUCUCUUGCGUGUGUGUGGUGUUUGUAGUCAUUUAAAGGGUUUCUGUUUUUUAGGUAGUCUUCUAAAGGUUCUAUUUCAGUUGGUGGUGUUUCUAAAAGGAUCUGUUUGAAGGAGUAGACAUUUAAAAGGGUGUCUAUAUUUUAAGGAGCCAUUUAAAGGGUCUAUAUUUUAAGUAGGUGCCAUUUUAAGGGUCUAUGUGUGUGUGGAUAUUUCAGUGUGUGUGGAUAUUGUGUGUGUGAGUACUUGAGUGUGUGUGGAUACUUGCGUGUGUG